UUGGCUCAGAGGGGUCCAGGGCCAAAGCCAUGGCGGUCGCAUCAGCCUUCGUGGCUAGCACCCCGCGGGUGCUGGGAAGUUUGUUGGCGCCAAGCAGACCGCAGCGACCCUCACAGGUCUUGGGCAGUGAUGGUCACGCCUGUACAGCGGUGCUGGUGUCAACGGUGACAGCCUUUGCGGCAAAGGCACGCAGGAAACGAGCUGCGCAGCGAGCCACCACUGUGGAGGCUGAGUCCACCACUGGCCUGGCACCUUGGGAGAUAGACGAGGAGACAGAGGAGGAGCGGCAGGCCCGGUACACUCGGGAGGCCGAUGAGAUGAAGUUGAAGUGGGAUGCAAGGCGCCUGGAGGAGAAGCAGUCGGCGCAGAGGCGCCAGGCCUGGGCGCAGAAGGAGCAGGAGCGAGCUUCCCUGUAUGGCCCGCGGGAUCCUAUCAUGGAGGCCUAUGAGGCCCGCAUGUAUGAGGAGGCCCGCGUCAUCGAGGUACGGAGGAGGCAGAGAGAGGUGUAUGAGCGCAUCAAGGCGCACAAGGAAGGGCGGCCGUUGCCUCCCAAAGGCACUGCUUAUGUGGAGCUGAAGCCACCACCCAAAGAGCCGACAAAGCCCGAGGAGUUUGAUGUCUCCGGGCAUUACAAGCCUCAGGAGGACAUUGAAGCCAAAAAGUAUAAGGCGCCAGAGUCUUAUGUGUCACCCACUGGGCCGGCUCCGCCGCCGCGACAUAAGCGCGGCAAUCCCCGUGCUGCUUGGGAGACUCCGCAAUACACCCAGCCACGGCCAAAUGCCCCGCCGCCAAGGCAGUGGCCAGAGCCAGGGUCAUUGCCAGAAGACACAGUUCCUCCUGUCCGGGAGAAAAUUGAGAAGGAGAGGGCAAAUCGCAAAUCGCGAAGACAACGCAUGAUGGAGGAGCAGGAACGGCUGGAGCGCGGCGAGGACAUCGCGGAGGAGGAGGAGGAGGAGGAGGAGGAAGACAUCGACUGAGCGACUAGUGUCUUUAUGCAACAUUGGAGAUGACAUUGCCUCAGG